CCAAUAAUUUUGGCAUCCCCAAACCACAAAGACAACACUAUUGUCAUGUGAGUGACCUCCCGGAAAACGAGUUUGAAAGCAAGGUGUGAGGUUCGAAAAAUGCUAUUCGUCUGUCAUAAGGACAAGAACUGCGAAGACAUGUUUGUAAGGUGGAGGACUUGCUUGGUGUUUGCGUUUAGUAUCUUCUCUGCAGCGAAACUUCUCGAGGCACGACGCCAUGGGUACCCUUGGAAUAAAGACAACGAGUUGAAUUUUCUGGUUUUGGGAGAUUGGGGAGGCUCCCCAUCUCCACCUUACCGAACGCCGAUAGAAGUUAGUGUGGCAGAUAUGAUGGCUGAAGUUUCUUCAGAGCGCAAUUCGCAAUUUGUCGUUGCUUUAGGUGACAACUUUUAUUUUGAUGGAGUUGAAGACGAUAGCAGCAUUAGGUUUGAAGAGACAUUCGAAAAGGCAUACGCAGCGAAAUCACUGCAGAUCCCAUGGUAUGUCAUUGCUGGCAAUCACGACCACCACAGAAACGUCAGCGGGCAGAUCGACUAUACAAGGUUGUCAAAGAGAUGGAACUUUCCCAACUUCUAUCAUAGCCAUAUCUUCAAUAUACCUGGCUCCAAGAAAACUCUCCAGAUUAUCCUUAUUGACACUGUCCUUCUCUGUGGAAAUAGUGGGCAUGAUUUUGAUCCCAGAAUACCUACAGGGCCUGAUGAGCCAAAUAUAGCAUCUGAGCAGCUUGAUUGGAUUGAGAAAACAUUGGCUUCAUCAAAAUCUGAUUAUAUCCUGGUUGGAGGACAUUAUCCAGUUUGGUCAAUUGGACACCAUGGUCCAACUUCACAGCUCGUAGAGCAGCUGAAACCAAUGCUGGAGAAGUACAAGGUCAAUGCCUACAUCUGUGGACAUGACCAUAACUUGCAGUCAAUCAAGGAAAGUGACUCUGAGGUUCUGUAUCAUGUGAUUGGCAAUGCCAACUUUCUGGACCCGAGAACAACUCAUGAGUCAAGUGUGCCAGAUGGCUCUUCAAAAUUUUUCUAUGCCGACAAUGGAGGGUUUGCAGCUGUUACAGUGAAUGAUUUCAAAAUGGUUUUCCAGUUUGUUAACAGCCAAGGCAGGGUUGUGUAUGAAUCUACAUCAACCCCUAGGUUGUGAUUAUUCUUUGAUUGACAUGUGACAAGUAUCCUCAAACAGUUCCUAGCAGCUCAUUUGUCAAAGCAAACUUUGAUUGUUCCUUAUCAAUGGGGAGCUUAUUUGCUAACUUCUAUUAUGGAUUAUAAUAACAUUCACAAAAUUGAAU